AUGGGUGGGUUCAUGCUAGGAUGCCCUGACAACAUACCAUUCCCUGUCAAUGCCCAUCAAAUAUGUUAUCUGGCUACCAACGACUUUAUGGAGUUUCCUGAAAUUGAGAAAAAGGAUAUCUGGGAUAAGAACAAGGCAGAUGGGCUUUGCUCGCCUCCUCACCUCGAUACAGGUGUUUUGGUUCGCUCUUCAGUGCCUGGGGCGAGCUAUACAGCAUCUGCCACUCUCAACUUUUGA